UACACUACCAAUAUACCCACUACUACUACAGCAACAAUACUACAAGUUACAACUACUACUCAAUACUCAUUAGUUAUUAUAAUAAUUUUACCGUCAAUGGUCCAUCUUUUUAUUCUAUUCAUUUCUUUUUGAAAGGUUGUCAAUAUAAUUAUUAUAAUAUGUCUCGUCGUUUGUGCAGUCUAAUCCGACACUCCGAUCUAUCCGCCGGCCCAUCGUAGUUAGUCAUUCUCGCUCCCGAGGAGAUGAGAAUAAGACAAUUGAAUUAUUAUUAUAAUAGUCAUUUUUCAAUCGUUUUAAACUCGUAAAUUGUGUUAUGUGGUAGUUGUAUAAAAAUAAAAAACACUUGGUUAUCGGAAUUACGAGUUAAAAUAAUCAGUACACUUACUAAACAGCAAUACCAAGUGUUUUGUAUAGAUCAUAAUUGUAUAUGAAAAUGUCCGUAUCGUCAGACUCGAUAAUUCACAAACUGUUUAACCGUCAGGUUCAUGGUACUUUUAAAUACAAGCAUAUGCCUCAAAAUAAUACAAGAUAUUUAUUUAAAGACAAUCCAGAUUAUGGCAAAUUUUUCUUACAAGAUAUUUUAGAAGACAUUUCUGAUCAUGUAUUUAUGGGUUUAACUCGAUGUGGUCGAUUUCUCUUAACUUACUCAAUAGCAGACUCAGAGAAUAUAGUUAUUGUUGAUGGUCCUCUUAUGUCUUCAUCAAGCAUGAAGUAUAAACUACAUUUUUGGGCUUUUCGACCAGGUCAAACAGCUAUUAGGGUUUCAGAAAUUAUAUUAUUUGAAAACGCUGAGUUUAGUGAGUUUUUAAAUGUUUACAUCGUCCAAUGGCCAAACCGUUCUGAUAGAAUUGUAGUUUUCGGUGAAAGUGUGACUUCUGAAGAUGAUGAUAGUGAUAUGCACAAAAUUUACAUUACAGUCACCACAUUGCCAUCUUUAAGUAACUGUAAAGAUUGUCAAUCAGUAGCCCGUGAGCAUAGAGAUGAAGAUAUUUCAAAGUAUUAUUUGGGAAACACAUGUCUCGUUCAUGGCCUUACUGUACAUACAUCAUUCACAGUAUCUCAUCCUUAUCCUCAACUAGAGCCUUCAGUGUCGUUGAAAUAUGAUGAUCAUAUUGUGCUCAAUACGUGUAAUUUUAUUCACGUUUUAAAUAUUGAUUUGGAUAAGAAUCAAAAUUUUAAGCCUGAUAAAUCAGAAAACAUUAAUGUUCCAUUAGUUCACAAGCUUAGUAAUGAUUUGACUGAAUUUGGUUAUAAAAUGGCAAAUAAAAGUGAUAAUCAAGAAAGGGGUGUCAAAAGAAGACAUAUUGAUACGAGAUGUUUUUUUGAUAAAGAACAAGAUAUGCCAAUAGCUGCUUUAAAUCCCAUGCCCAAUUAUAACAACCAUCGUCUUUUAAGGAUGAAAGAUGCCGAAAAGGUUUAUGAUUUUGAUGAAAACGAUGAUAAUUGUUUGCUUAAGUUUAAAUGGUUUAGAAGGAGAAGAAUAGCAGAUAAAAUGUAUGAAUUUUGUCCCGAAGAAGAAGAUAUGGAAAAUGUACAUCCAUCAUCAAAAAAAAGUCUCUUUCAACGCUGUGAAUCUCCGGGACCUUCAGCCGUUGAUCAAACACCUUUAUAUAUACAAACAGACUAUGAAGAUGAUAUAUUAAAUGACUGUGAUAGAAAAAUGUUAUUUGCUCAAGAAUUAAAUGCAAUCAUUGCCGACUGGGAUUGUUUAUCAUCACCUCGUUCAGUUACCUCUGAAGAUAGAGACAUUAAGAGUCCUGAUAGUACUAACAGAAAGAUUACCAAUGUGCUCAAGCCAAGAAAUAAAACUCCAUUGUUUAAAAAUUCCAAAAGUCCCUGUGAUAAGAAAAUCAGUGUUAUGAUUGUUCCUGAUAAUAUUCAAGGAAAUCAAUCAAGUAAUUCAUUCCGAUCCGUACCAUUACAAGGAUGUUCAGUAAAAUUUGAAAGACAGUACAUUGAAGUAGAUGAAGAAAUUGUCUCAGUCACUACAGAUUUAGAUGAAGAAGAUGGUAUAACAGGGUCUUUAUGUGCACUUCCAUUGUCUGUGCACGGGUCUGCUUCUGCUCAAAUGCAAAUGAUCAAUACUGCUAAAAUUGGAAAACAGGAAAAAAAUGUUUGCGUUGUAAAACAGGCGAGUUUAGAUUUUGAACAUGUUAGUUAUAAAGUGGCUGAAAUUAUUUGCAAUCUAGAAGGUCACAAAUUUUGGUGCUAUAACGACUAUGACUCUUCUAUUGUUGAUAUUUGUCCAUUAAAUGGUGACAUUUUAAUUGUAUUGUGCAUAAGACUGAACACAGAAGAGGAGAAGAAACCCAUACCUCUUUGUCAACCAGCAAAUAGCAGGGGUUUUGAGACAAAGUGUGUGAUUCUGUGGAACCCUGAGACUGAUACUUGUUACCUAGAGGCUUACUUGCAACUGGAACUAGUUACGGAGGAUCCUAGUCAAACAAGUUGGAAUCCAGCGCGUUUUGAGGCCAAUAUACUGCGCAAGGCAUCCAUGGGUUUCUUCAACGUCCCUACGGGCCGUCAAGUGAGAUGUUUAUCACAUGAAGUCUGGUCUAAGCAAGUUGGUAAUAUAAAUCCACCUUUGCUUGAAAUUACAGAUGAAGAUAAUAUGAUCACUAUCCUAAGAAACCGAUUGGAUGCGGUGGAUGAAAACAAUGUAAUGGUGUUCCUCCGUCAUAGACAGCCAAUAUAACUGUAAGAGCAGCAGGAGUUUAUCUUAAGGUAUAUUAAGUUUAAUUAGACUAUCUCAAUAUUAUUAUUGAAAAAUAAGUGUGUGAUAGCUAUAAUUUAUUUUUCAAUAAUUUACUUCAAUUCAUUUAAUUUUAAGUUUUAUAUCUCAUCAAAUGUAUAGUUAUAUUAUACUUUACCUGUUUAAUUUGUCUUAAGGAAUUAGUCCCUUGAACUCAUUUAUUUAUCGUUAUUCUUUUACAUAUUCACGAUAAUUUAAAAAAAUAAUCAAAUCUGUAUUUGGUAAGACAAUUAAUAUCUUUUACAAAUAAAUAUUUUAUUGUUUUAAAUAAUAAAGUUCAAUGUACAUUUUAAGUUAAAUAUUAAUUAUUUUAUUUGUUUACUUUGAAAAUUAUUUAACCACUGUCAUCUUUACUUAAGCUUAAUUUCUAUGUUUCUGUGAAAUAAUUUUUUUUUAAGGAAUCAACAUUAUUAUAGUUUAAAUAAACAAUUCAAAACUUGUAAAAUUGUUCAUAUUUGUUUUUAGUCAAUAUCUACUAUGAUACAUAUUGUAGAUAUUUAAAGUACAAAAAUAUUAUUAAAAUUAUAUAUACUAUAA